AUGCACGAAAACCCAAAUCGGGCAAAUGAGGCAUAUGGCUGGCACUUCCAGUACUUAACAGUCAUUGGGCUCAGCCUUUCGACGUUGACUUUCAUCGUUGGCUUACUUGCCGAUGUGACCCUAUCACGACGGUUGUUCUUGAUCAAGAAUCUACUGUCCGUGUGCUGCGCUCCAAUGGAGGUGCUGAUUAGUGUGCUGUAUUGGGGACUGCGGUUGAUCGAUGAGCGUCUCGUGGUCCCGGAUUGGGCCGUGAUCCCCCUACAUGCUGAUAUCGGUUUCCACGCAGUCCCAUCCAUCGUGAUGUUGGUGGAUCUACUGUUCCUCUCUCCACCGUGGACAAUUUCCGCUCUCCCAUCGCUGGGCCUGUCUGGCACCAUUGCGUUUGGGUACUGGUUCUGGGUCGAGCAAUGCUUCUACUAUAAUGGAUGGUAUCCGUAUCCCAUCUUUGAACAGCUGUCCACUACCGGGCGAAUUGGUCUUUUUUCGCUGAGUGCCAUCGUGAUGGCCCUGAGCACCGUCACUUUGAAGCGGCUAUACGGUCAUGUUAAUGGCUUUGGUAGUGAUCUGCCUUCUCAGUCUUCUCAGUCUCACCCUGGUGAUAUCAAGAAGGAGAGACUAUGA